CGCGGCCCGGCGGAGGCUCGUGCUGCCGGCCGCCGCGCGCAUCGCCUGAGCCGUCGGAGUCCCCGCCGCCGUCAUGUCCCGGCAGCUGUCGCAGGUCCGGCCCGGCACGGUGCUGGGCGCCAUGGAGAUGGGGCGCCGCAUGGACGCGGCCACCAGCGCCGCGGCCAUGCGCGCCUUCCUGGAGCGCGGCCACACGGAGGUGGACACGGCCUUCGUGUACGGCGACGGCCAGUCCGAGACCAUCCUGGGCGGCCUGGGGCUCGGGCUGGGCGGCAGCCGCUGCAGAGUGAAAAUUGCUACCAAGGCCAUUCCAUUGUAUGGGAACUCACUGAAGCCUGACAGUGUCCGGUUCCAGCUGGAGACAUCACUGAAGAGGCUGCAGUGCCCCCGGGUGGACCUCUUCUACCUGCACAUGCCAGACCACAGCACCCCGGUGGAAGAGACGCUGCGUGCCUGCCACCAGCUGCAUCAGGAGGGCAAGUUUGUGGAGCUCGGCCUCUCCAAUUAUUCCGCCUGGGAGGUGGCCAAUAUCUGUAACCUCUGCAAGAGCAACGGCUGGAUCCUGCCGACUGUGUACCAGGGUAUGUACAAUGCCACCACCCGGCAGGUGGAAAUGGAGCUCUUCCCCUGCCUCAGGCACUUUGGAUUGAGGUUCUACGCCUUCAACCCUUUGGCUGGGGGCCUGCUGACCGGCAAGUACAAGUAUGAGGACAAGGACAGGAAACAACCCCGGAGCCGCUUCUUUGGAGACCAAGUGUCUGAGAUCUACAGGAAUCGCUACUGGAAGGUGGACCAUUUUCAGGCCAUUGCCCUGGUGGAGAAGGCUCUGCAGGCCGCUUAUGGCGCCAGCGCCCCCAGCAUGACCUCGGCCGCCCUGCGGUGGAUGUACCACCACUCCCAGCUGCAGGGUGCCUGUGGGGACACGGUCAUCCUGGGCAUGUCCAACGUGGAGCAGCUGGAGCAGAACUUGGCAGCGACUGAGGAAGGGCCCCUGGAGCCGUCUGUUGUGGACGCCUUUGACCAAGCCUGGCACCUGGUUGCCCACGAGUGUCCCAAGUACUUCCGCUAGGUCCCGUCGUGGCUCAGGCCGCCCAAGGCCUUCUCAUUUUUCUCUCACUCUGGGCAGUCUCUGCCUUAAGCUGACAUAGCAGGGUCUUUCGUGAUUGGAUCCGUGCAUUGUUUUUCUAGAUUCUUGUCUUGCUCCCUAUUGCCUUCACACCAUGCCUUGGUCUCUCCUACCUGAAUAAAGUAGACACUUGACCUGGCUGUAGCCCAGGCCUGCAGUGAACCCUGCACACUUGUCUUCUCUGGUGCUCACAGUGUGUUUCCCAUCCUGCCUGGGGACUGUGUCCUUAGUUCUGUUCCUUCGUUUUGUUAGACAGGGCCUCACUCUGUUGCCCAGGCCUGAGUGCAGUGGCACCAUCUUAGCUCACCAUAACUUUGAACUCCUAGGCUCAAGUGAUCCUCUUGUCUCAGAAUCCCAAGAAGCUGGAACUACAGUUGUUCACCACCACACUCUGCCAAUUUCUAAAUCUUUUGUAGAGACGGGGUCUCACUAUGUUGCCUGGGCUGGUCUUGAACUCUUAGCCUCAAGCGAUCCUCCCGUUUGGGCCUCCCAAAGUGCUGGGAGUACAGGUGUGACCCACUGUGCCUGGCCAGUUCCCAGUUCUGAAUCCCAGCCUGAGCUUGCAACAGCAGGGCUGCAGGGGUUCUCACUGUUCUACACACGAUAGAGAAAAAAUAGGGCCCCACACCUGAGGUAGAUAUUCUCUACUUCAGAACUGCUUCAUUAAAUACCUAGAAAUGGAAGAAUUUGGGCAAAAAUCUACCAGUAGAGUCCCUGCCAAGAAGAAUAAAACCUUUCAAGAUCAUGUGGAAGAUUCUCAACUGUCUCUGAAUUUCAACAAUGGUGUUACUCUUGUCUUAGUAAAGUCUCAGGUCUGCUCA